AAAAGAACCAUCAGGGUUGUAUUAAGAAACUGAAUGACGAGCUCUCAGCAUGGAAGGACCUUGCAAAAAAAGAGGAGGCAAGGAAAGAAGAAUAUAGAAAAGAGAAAGAGCGUGUGGAGCAAUAUCUUAGGAUGAAAACUGAGGAGCUAUCAAGAACAUCAAUAGAGUGCGGAAAACUGCAGGAGAGGAGUUUGGGAUUGGCAAAAGAGCUUGCUGCAGUAAAAUUGGCAACAGAUUUGAAUCUGGGGGAUGAAGAGAUGGUGAAGCUUGCAUCACUUGGUCACAGUGGUAAUCCACAGAACACAAUAGAUGUUUUAAAGAAGUCGCUUUCCCUUCGCAACAAGACCUAUAAAGAACUGAUGGCUCAAUGCAACCUUUUAGGAAGAUCAGAUGCUCGUGCACGUAAAAAGCUUGAGAAAUCCAAAGAAAAGAUAGCGAAACUAAAUACAAGGUUGCAAGAAUUGGAGAAGGCACUUGAACAAAAAGAAAACGAGGUCCUUAGAAAUUUGAAGUCUUCAUAUAAAGGCGGAGGUGGGAAACCUGUGGAAGAGAUGGCAAAAUUAGUUAACCAUUCAGAUCAUCUAAAAAGAAGUACCAACUGUCCUGCAGCCAAAAAUUCUUCUACUUUCUUGGUGCCAAACGAAAGAGACAGUGUGAUUGAUUUAGAAGCUGAUUCUUGCUUUAUGGAUGAAGACGGUUUUGGGCUGUCCCCCAAGAUGAAUAAGCAUCCGACACCUGAUUCAGAUUUCCAGGAGUCACCAAUAUAUUCGAAAGGAGCUAUUUUAAAAAAUCCAGAACACUUGUCUGCUAAUCAAGAAAUUGGUGUAGCUGAUAAACCCUUGAGUUCAUACAUUAAUAGGAAGAAUGAAGAUAAGGGCAUUUCUGAACAGCUAAAAGCGAAGAAAGUUACACAUGUAGCAAGUGCCACUUGGAUGACAGAAACAAUAAUUAUUGAUGACAUUUCCAAGCAAACACCUACAACUGCACUGAAAAAAGAAGCUCAAACGCACAAUUCUGCUGUUAACUCUGGUGGGCUUUUUGGAUCAGAAAGUGCAAAUAGAACCGGGAAAUGGUGCAGGUCUUCUUCCUUUGGAACGGGUGCAAGUAACGUGGAGUUAAUAUCUGUCGGAUCCGAUGGCAGAGGUGGGAGGAUCAAGGUGCUGAGAGAUCAUGAUCAAUCUUUGGAUGUGAAGGCAAAAACAUUGCGGCCCAAGAAACAAAAGCAUGGAACUCAACGAAGUGGACAGUUUCACAUUGAGCACUUUUUUAAAUCAGGGAGUUAAAAGAUUACCUGGGCCCUUGAAGAGGUCAACGCUGACAACUUGUUCCUGCUAAAGAUUAGCAGUCUUUUUGUGUAGAAGGCUACAGAUUUUGUUGUAUAUUCAGUGAAAUAACAGUCUAAAUUUAAAUUAUUGUGCUAUAAUAUGUAAAAUUUUUGGACAUGUCUCCAUUUAGAAAUAGAUGCUGGCAACUUGCGUGAGAUACAAGCAAAUGUUAGUCAUGAGAUACAAGAAAAUGUUACUGGGUUUAUUUCAA